UCCAAGUAUACAUGUCUGGGGUUUCCAGAGGACUCACCAGUCACUUAACUGGGAACUGGGUGGAUGGCGGGAUGCCACUAUUCCUUCAUAUGCUAUGAACCUUUAAUUAUCCAGUUAACCCCUAAAAAAUAGAAUAUUGACUGGCUUGAUGUGUGGUAUCAACUUCAACAUACGGUUAAUUAUUUUCUUCUUAAUACAUGGAAUUUAGCUUGGUCUUAGAAUUUGGCACACUCAUCGAAAAAAGAGAGUUCCUUAAGGGUUCUUUGGAUUAUUAAGGGAACCAUUCCAUUUUAGUGCUGUACCUAGAAUCUUUAAGGGGAUCUUUACAAAGAAACCUCAAUUUAAUAUACAUUUAUUCAUUUAGCAGACGCUUUAAUCCAAAGCGACUUACAAAUCGGAAAUACAAGCAAAGCGAUAUAUCAAGUGGAGAACAAUACAAGUAGUGCUACCAUGCAAGAUUUAUAAUUGAGUUCUAGAGAAGCAAAGUGCACAGAGUAGAGGUGUAAGAGCCAGAGUAAUUAUUAUUAUUAUUUUUUUUUUAAUAUUUUUUUUUGUGUGUGUUUUUUUCUCAUGGAAAGAGGUGGGUCUUUAGCUGUUUUUUAAAAAAAAUAGUAACAGAUUCUGUGGUCAGAAUUGAGGUUGGAAGUUCAUUCCACCACUGAGGAACAGUUAGUUUGAAGGUUCUGGAAAGGGACCUUGAGCCCCAUUGAGUAGUGACUACUAAGCCUCAGUCCUUAACCGAUUGCAGAUUGCGUGAGGGAACGUAAAUCUCAAGGAGAGUGUUGAGGUAGGAGGGUGCUGUUCCAAACAAGGUCUUGUACAUGAGCAUCAAGGCCUUGAAUUUGAUAAGGGCGUCCACAGGAAGCCAGUGGAGGGAGAUGAAGACGGGUGUUAUAUGGGUUAUUUUGGGCUGGUUGAAGACGAGGCGUGCUGCUGCAUUCUGAAUCAUUUGAAGGGGUUUGAUGGAGCUGGUUGGGAGACCCGGUAGUAGUGCGUUGCAGUAGUCCAGUUUUGAGAUGACAAGAGCCUGGACUAGUAGCUGUGUAGCUUGUUCAGUGAGAUAGGGUCUGAUUUUCUUGAUGUUAUACAGAAUGAACCUACAGGAUUGUGCAGUUGUUGAAAUUAAUUUAACAAUAAAACACAGACAUUGUAAGCUACUUAUAAGCUUUAUAAGGCGUCACUGUACUGAAUCACCGUCUGUUUUAGAGGUGAUGGAAUGGAAGCCCAUAGAGAUGGCCAAGAGCCACGUACUGCAGGGUUGCCAGAUUUGGCGCAUAUCCGCCCAACAAAGCAUGUUCAAACUGGCAUCCCCGAAAGUGGUGGAUGAAGGGGAGGAGAACAAGAGCACCGACUCGCUCUGCUGUCAGCCAGAAUGUGCUGGAUCCCCCAGCAAAUAAUAUAUUUUCAGUAUAAUAACUUAGGGAACAAGCCCACUUGACCGAACUUGGUCACCGCUUUCUUUCAAACCCUCACUGCAGUUCGCCUUCGGUUCCUCAGAGUCCCAGCAAAGACCACAUCAAGUGAUCUGACACGUAUUCAAAUGACAGGGAGGACAAACCACUGGCGUAAUCUCUAUCACAGAAUACCUUAAGUGCCCUAUCCUGGAGCCAGGCCAAAAAAUGACUUGCCCUUUGUUCAAAAAUAGCUGCCUGAAAAGUUCCUGCCAACAGUUAUUAUGCAACACUUUCAGCUGGAGAUCAAAAUGUAAAUGCGCCGAUGCCCUUGGACUGCAGUUAGCUCAGCACCUGACAUUUAAAAUCAUGUUGCGGACCACUGAAAGCAAUCUGCAAUGAUAAGACAAAGUAAAUGAGUGAAGUGUGCCUAUUCAUCAGACCAUCACCAAAUGCCCAAACAUUAUGAACACAUGAUUCCUGUUGGGGAGAACAUGAAUCCAUGGAUUCAGAACUGCACAAACUGUAGCCAAGCCCUGGUAAUGGAGCUGAACAUCACAAAGGCCAUUGUUCUGAGCUUUGUGCUAUCUGUUUUUGUUAUAUUUGGAGUACUGGGCAACAUCUUGGUCAUCCUUUCAGUGGCUUGCCACCACAGCCUUCGAACUGUCACACAUUACUUUAUUGUAAACCUGGCAGUGGCUGACCUCUUGCUGAGCUCCACUGUGCUUCCAUUCUCUGCCAUUUUUGAGAUGCUGGGCCACUGGGUGUUCGGCAGGGUUUUCUGCGAUGUCUGGGCCGCCAUGGAUGUGCUUUGCUGCACAGCAUCCAUUAUGAGCCUGUGUGUGAUCUCUGUGGACCGCUACAUUGGGGUUAGUUACCCACUACGCUACCCAGCCAUUGUGACUGAGAAGCGGGCAUUGUUGGCACUUAUGGGAAUUUGGGCUCUGUCCAUUACCAUCUCCAUUGGACCACUAUUUGGCUGGAAGGAACCAGCACCAGAGGAUGAGUACAUGUGUAAAAUCACAGAGGAACCUGGCUACGCCAUUUUUUCUGCAGUGGGCUCUUUCUAUCUCCCCCUAGUGGUUAUCCUGGUUAUGUAUUGCCGUGUGUACGUGGUGGCCCGCAGGGAGACAUACAGCCUUAGGAAAGGUCACAAGACGGAGAAGGCACACCACGCAGAAGCAGUGACUUUGCGGAUACACCGAGGCAACACCACUGUGGUGGAGGAUGAAACGUUGAGGAGCCGCACUCACUUCACAAUCCGCCUACUUAAGUUCUCCAGAGAGAAAAAGGCUGCGAAAACCCUGGGCAUUGUGGUUGGGUGUUUUGUUCUCUGCUGGCUGCCAUUCUUCCUGGUUCUGCCUAUUGGAUCCAUCUUCCCGGCUUACCGGCCCUCAGACACGGUCUUCAAAAUCACCUUCUGGCUUGGGUACUUCAACAGCUGUAUCAACCCAAUCAUCUACCCAUGCUCCAGCCAGGAGUUUAAGAAAGCUUUUCUGAGCGUGCUGGGUGUUCACUGUCUGCACCGCAGCACCAGACCCACAUACCCGCUGUGCCAGGGCCAAGCUGCCAGCCACACACAGUCACACCUGCUCACAUUGGGCUCAGAGAGCCGCAGUGAGCCUUCACAUCUCAGCCGGUCAUCCUCUGUGGUCCUUUCCCGUACCCCCUCAUCUUCCCCAGUGGGGGGGAUAGGAGUCAGCGUUGGGGUCAGUGCUGGGGCGAAGGCAGCAGGGGUGUGCAGUAAGAACCUGCUGAGGACAUGUUGUUGUGCUGGGGACUACCCAGCACGGACUCAGCCUCCUGCAUGCCAUUCUCUGCCUGUUAUUAAGAUUCAUCAGCUUUCUCUGUGUGAGAAUGGUGAAGCAGUGUGAGCAAGAGAGGCAAAACACUGCUUCAGAUAAACACAUAUGCCUCAGAUUAUGAGUAAACUCUUAUCAAGAUCACUAUGUAACUUUGGCAAAUAAUGGAGACAACAUUAAUUCGGUGUGUCUGUGAUGCACCUGACUGUUGUAGUGGGGAGAUUUAAAACAUGCUGUGUAUUAAAGGGAAGGGGUACCUAGAGUCAAUUUGACUGAUUAGCUUUGCACAUUUGCACAGAAAGAAAAUCCAUAUGUUUGUUUUAAUGUUGAAAUUUCUACAAGUGUGAAAGGAUAAAAAUAUACUGUCUUAAUUUUAAAAGGUUUGUAGUUGCCAAUGGACCUGAAUAUACUGGGUAUGCUUCAGUGAUGGCGGUGAAUAAUACCGGUUGAAUACUUUACCUCAAUUCACUUUCAUUAGACGCACAAAUUGUUAUUUAUGUGGGGGAAAAAGGUGUAGUAGUUUAUACAAAUACAAAUUAUGUGGCCAUUAACAUGAAUGGGAUUUUUUUUCUUCAGCUUUACAAUGAAAAAGAUUCCCAUAAUUAGAUAAUGGAAUACGAGAAAUAUUCACCAGUUUUAUGUGUAUGUUUGGUUCUUAACAAGAACAGUGAAUAAGUACUUCUUUAUGUCAGAGUCAACAUUUUUACCCUAUGACUCAUGUAAAAUGCUUGAACAAAUCAGAUGAAAUUCGACAUGCAUCUUGGCCCUGAUUUACUAAAAGUUUGCAAAAGGUGUUUGGUAACACCUACAAAAACCUUGCAAGUUGAUCUUUCACCUGAGGAAAAUAACAUCUUGUUGAUUCUGCAUGUUUGGCUUAACAAAAAUGCAAUUUGGUUCAUUUGCAUUUGAGGUACAAAAUAAAGGAGACUGUCAGUACAAGGUUAUGCCAUUAUAAGAUUAUUCCUUACCUUCAGGGCAACUCAAUGUCCUAUAAGAAUGUAUGAUGUAAACAAUGAGGCUGUUGAUGUCACUUUUGUGUAUAUUCAUUUGUGUGUUUGUGUAUGUGCAUCUCUUUCUAUUCAGAAACAUGAAAAAUCAUAUGUGAGGUUUAAAUCAGUGAAGAGUGAUUAUUUAAUUACACCAAAGCAAAAACACCCUACGUGUGGUUGCUCUUAAACUGGUGAACUAACAACACUGUCUUUCCAUAAAUAAUGAAAAAUUUUGUCUGAAGGUACUUUACGUUCUGUUCAUGAAACUAAACAUUACCUUUCAAGAAAAAACAGCAUAAAACUAUAAAUUAUAAAAUGUAUAGAUUCACUUCUAAAAUCUCAUUGGCUGUUGUAAAAACCUCUAAAUACACAUAUCAGUGAAUGGAUCACAAUAAUUAAAUGCUGUAUUAAUGUGCCAGGUUUUAAAACCAAUAAAACUGUAAUACUACAGCAAUUGUUCUGUCUACAGAAUGCCCUAAUCUUUAUCCAUUAUGUAGGUUAACUACCAAAGGAUACUGUUAACACACUACAUUGCAUGGCAGAAUUGUUUAUUGUGAAUAUUAUUAAUAAUAAAAGAAAUUAUUUCUUGAACAGUGGCAUUGAAUCAUUUACUUAUUGCAAUUUAUGUCCACCCACUCCUCCUCUAUGUGUUUGUAUAAUUACAAGCAAAUUGAUUCUACUAGAAAAAUCACAUUUUUGAA